UACAGAGACUUUAAAAGCCUUCCCUUAAAACACAUCCAUCAUUCCAUGCCAUUCCUCCUCCUCCUCACCAUUUAUUUCUCUCAAUUUUAUUUAUAAAGAUUUCUUCAACAAAACAAAGCCAAGUUCCAAUCUUCACCACUUUCGUCAUCACCAUGUCCGAUGCAACCGUAGACACUUACAUAUCUUUUGUGUGAUUUAUAUUUAUAUACAUAUUAAAGAUUCAUUUGUUCAUGGCGGUUCAAGCUCAUCACCAUCAUCCUACUAUGUUCUUCCUCAACAGAAACGGACAAGAAGGGAAUGAUUUUUCUCCGGAGGUACAAAAGUCUCAGUUCCCGUCCAUCACCACCGGGGUUAAUACAAGAAAGCGAGGCAGAGAAGUGAUUGAUUUAGAAAACAUGACGUCUCCGAUGAACCCUCCGCCGUCUACUCCGCCGCAGUUUAUCAGCCGUAGACAAACUCCUAAUGUAGUAUCCACCGGUCUUCGUUUGUCUCAGGGACAAUCGCAGAAUCGAGAACAACCGUCAUCAUCAUCAUCUUCUCCGAUGAUAACCGGAGAUAUCGCCGGAGAAAUUAAACGACAAUCGGAUGAGUUGGAUAUGUUUCUUCAGACCCAGGGAGAGCAGCUGAGGCGCAUGUUAGCGGAAAACAGUGAACGACACUAUCGUGAGCUCCUAAGAACGACGGAAGAAUCAGUUAGGCAGAGAAUAAGAGAGAAAGAAGCGGAGAUCGAGAAAGCCACGCGUCGUCACGCGGAGCUCGAGGCACGUGCAACGCAAAUAGAAACGGAGUCACGUGCAUGGCAGAUGAGAUCCGCAGCGAAUGAAGCCGAAGCGACGUCGUUACAAGCUCGAUUGCAACAAGCCGUAGCUCACGGCGGCGGUGGCGGAGUCACGGAUGCGGAAUCAAAAUCAGGAAGCGUAGACGGUGUGGAUGAAGCCGAAGAUGCCGGAUCGGCUUACGUUGAUCCCGAUCGAUUCGAAAUUACCGGACCGUGUUGUAGAAUUUGCUGGCGGAGAGCAGCGACGGUGCUGGCUUUGCCGUGUCGUCAUUUGAUUUUGUGUAGAGAUUGCGACGGCUCUGUGAGGGUUUGUCCGGUUUGUUUAAGUUCGAAGAAUUCAAGCGUGGAGGUUUUUCUUUAAUUGGAAGCAGCCAGCAUUGGCAUUUAUAAUUCAAAACAAAAUCUAUACUAUAAGAUUAAAUUCAUCAUUUAUAUUUACUAGUAGAGUUUUGAGUUUCAUCAUCCUUGAACCUCUCAAUGAAGCUGAGAGGCUGUUGUACAUGUACAUACUACAUAGCCACAUGCAGUGGUCUUUUUUUCUUUUUUUUUUGAAAUUAAAAACUAUUUUAUUUCUGUCUAAUAACUAUUAAACC